AUUGUUAAUUAUCGUUCCAGCAGUAUUUUGCGCCCAUUUGGUUUAAUAUCUACUUUCCUACCCCGGCAAUUUGGGAGACGGCAAGUGAGUUAAAAUUAAACAAAAAUGGCCGAGGAGGAGAAGGCGUCUACCCUGCAGGAUCAUACAAAUAACACGGUGGAAAGUUCUCCUAAGACAGAAAGUGAAGUAUGCGAGACAACCGAAGUCACUACACGUACAGAUGACGGUGGAAAUAUUGAAAUAACUUCGACUGUCGUAACUACUACCAACGACGGUGACGCGGAUGAAGGUGACGCAACCGUCAUAACAGAGACUACCGAAGAAACGACAGUCACCAAUGCUGACGGUAGUGUCGAAGUAAUUUCAAAUACAACUACAAACAUUGCUGGACCAGAACAAGUAGAGCCAAUACAUUCUGAUGACAAAAAUGGCAAAGCUGAUUCAACAUCAUCGAAAGACUCUUCGCCCGGCACUAAGAAAAAAAAACCACUUUCGCCGUCGAUGCAAAGACUUACCGCUAAAAAGGGCGAAUCUCCAACAUCGCAGAGGAAAAGCAUCUCCGCAGACGAACGUAAGUCUAAAGCAGACGAUAUGAGAAGGAAGAAGAUACUGGAGCAACGUGGUAAGGAGGACGAUCGUAGAGCAGCUGUACUUGAACGGAAAAGAAAGCUCGAAGAGGCAGAAAAACAGAAAAAGGAAGCGUUAUUUAAAAAACUUACUUCCGAUGCACCGACAAAGCCUGAAAAUAAAGUGUCGAUGCGAAAGAAGUAUUCGGCCUCGACGUCAAAUUUGUCACAACUCAAAAAAGCUAAAAUGGUUGAGUGUGAAAUUAAACUUGAUGGCGAUGACGCUUCGGAAUCGAAACCAAGCAAACCUAAAUCUCCGGAUAGACCACGGUCAGCUCUUCAACGCACAAGGCCUUCCGCCUCUACCAGUAACAUACAUAAAAUAAAAAGUAAAAAACCUUCAGAUAAAGAAUCACCGUCAGAGCAGAAACGACCAGCAACUUCUGAACCUAAAAAGACAAAACAACCGGCAACGCGUCUGUCUUUAAAUCCCAGACCUGCUUCGGCGAUAGGCAUGUCUUCUUCAGAUCGUCGAAAAACACUACAAGCACUUCCUAGCAAGGCUAGCAAGCCUUUGAAACCAACCACUGUGCCUACUUCUAAACCUAAAUCAAAAUCUACCAGUUCUCUUGGAACUAAGAAAGACGACCCUGGUACAGAAAAAGUCACCAAAGCGCCAGCUAAGAAAGUCGAAUCGAAAUCACAAAAACCCAAAACAACCACAACAGCAGAAUUAACAUCACAUACGACUCCCAAAGAAAAAGCACCCACUACAAAAGCAAGAUUAUCAGCAAAAAAACACAUGGAAACCAAACCAACACAAACUACUGGUUCAAAAGCUUCUAAAGCAACGACUUCUCCGAAAAAUACGGCUUCUCCGAAAACUACGACUUCUCCGAAAAAUACGGCUUCUCCGAAAACUACAGCUAGUAAACCGCAAAAAAGCGAAGCCGAAAAAACGAAAAAAACGGAUGCGACUAAAGCGAAGAAAGCCACUCUAGAAAAGCCCAAACAAGCUACACCAAAAGAUAAGAAGAAACCAGUGAAGUCGACAAGUACACCAGAUGAGAAAAAAUCUGAGAAAGCAGGACAAAUGACGGAAGAGGAAGCGAAGAAAGCAUUAGCUGAACGCCGGAAGAAAGCCAAGGAAGAAGCGGAAGCAAAAGCUAAGGCUGAACGAGAAAAGGAUGAAGAGCUAAAGAAACAACAAGAGGAAGAAGAGCGCCGACUUGCAGAACAGUUAAAAGAGGAGGAGAGAAAGCAAGCGGAACUGCUAGAACAGUUAAAGAAAGAAGAAGAUGAAAGAAGAGAGAAAAUGAUAGAGGAGAAAGAACAGCGAGAAAAAGAAGAAAAAGAGCGUCAAGAAGAAGAACAAAAGCAGCGAGAGGAAGAAAUAGAAAGAAAAGCGAAGUUAGAACUUGAAAAAAUACAGAAAGAGCAGGAGAAAAAAGAACAAGAGUUGGAUGCUGAAAGAAUAGAACGAAAAAAGAGAGUUGAAAUGAUCAUGGCUCGAGUUUCUGCUAAAAGGAAUGCCGCUGCAGAGCCAGCAUCAACUUCCCCUCCUGCGCCAGUAAGUACGGAAAGUAAUGAAACCAGCGAGCCAGAACACUCCUCUCAUAAUGAGGUUCAACAAACGCCUGAAUCGGCACGUUUAAAAGUGGAUGGGAUAUUAAAAGCAAGGGGAUUGGGCCGAUCUACGGAAGAUCUGUUAAAAGCUUCUGAGGAAAAGCCAGUUGAAGACUCCUCUGAAGUUCCUCAAGAACCUUGUGAUGAAACGUCAAAAUCUGCAGAAACCUUCGAAGAAUCUGUUGAUAAACCUUCAGAAACUGUGGAAAUUGCGACUAUAAAAGAUACGGCUGAUGUAUUGGAAAAUGCUACCACUACCGACAAAGACGUCGAAGAAGAGAAAAUUGCAGUUAACGAACACGUAGAUGAUACGCCUUUAAAACAUAGCGACAAUGUUGUAGACGAUACGGAAACACUAAAUUUACAAGCUGUCCAGGAUGUCGAGAAGAAUGCUAGUGUAACCCAAGCCGAAGAAGAAGUAAGUACUACUAUCGAACAGCCUGUAGAAGCGUGGAGCGAAAAGGUAACUGAAGAGAGAGACGAAAAACCAGAAGACGUUCUUUUGAAAGUCGAAGAUGAGAAAACAGAUAUUGAUAUCCAGUCUAGCGAUGAUGUUGAUAACCAGUCUAGCAAUCUAAAUGAAAGUAACAAAAUAAACGUAGAACAAACUUUAGACAACGAUUUAAAUAAGCACGUGACUAAUAGUAAUAAUAAUGUCGUUUUAGCAAAUGGUGAAUCCACUGAGCCAGCAGAAGACUUGUCAUAUACAACAGAAAAAGAACAAUGGGCGGAAUUCGAAAAAACCAUGAAACAAAACCAGCCUAACCCGGAAAAAACGGACGAGAAAACGGAAGAAGGCAAAUUAUGGCGUGUUAUGGAAGGAAAGGUUGAACUGUCAGAAUGCUUUUAAGUUCGUUAGUAUAUGUAUAAGAAUAUCGUGUACAUUAUGCACUUUUGAAAUUAAUUAUCAGAAAGUACUUAUGGUUGGAUAAGCAAGGCAUAAUGGGUAACCAAAGCAUGUUGGGUAACCAAGGCAUGUUACGAGAAAGGUUAGCUAAUAUAUAUUUACCGUCAUGCAUCUGUUUUGUUUCAAUGGAACCUCCUGUUCUUUUUUUAAAAGAAAAAUGACCUUCCUUUUAUAGAGAUUAUUUAUUGUAAAACUUUCUUGUAUAUUUUGAUGACUCAUCAUUUUUUUCAACCAUAGGAAAAAUAUGUCGAUCUAUUUUUCAUUUUUAUUGAAGUAUUCUUUUAGUGUUUUUUUGUGUUUGUUAGCCAUAUUUUUAGUGACAGCGACAUCUAGUAUAGUUCACUGAUUCUUUUGUUGCUUCCGUUUUUCGUUGUAAACAUUUUCAUUGUGGCGUAGUCUUGAGCCUCGUUUUUAAGAUUUUCACAAAAUGUCGUGAUAUAUUUCUCUAGCUCGUUGGUGUGUUGUAACUUUUCUAAGUCGUAAACAUGUAACUCUGCUAAUAGAGCUAUUGGUGGCAUUAACGAGUAAAUAAACUCCGUCAACACCUUCCUUA